AGUAGGACUCACCUAUCUUACUCUCUUCUCCUUUCCUUCUUCCCUCCUCUUUGUGAUUACAGCUCCAAUGGCCCCCAAAAAGCCAGAGCCCAAGAAGGAUGAUGCCAAAGCGGCUGCCCCCAAAGCAGCUCCAGCUCCUGCGGCUGCACCUGCAGCUGCACCUGCGGCUGCACCAGAGCCUGAGCGCCCCAAGGAAGCCGAGUUUGAUGCCUCCAAGAUUAAGAUCGAGUUCACACCUGAACAGAUUGAAGAGUUCAAGGAGGCCUUCCUGCUGUUCGACCGCACACCCAAGGGCGAGAUGAAGAUCACAUACGGGCAGUGUGGGGAUGUCCUGCGGGCUCUGGGUCAGAAUCCUACCCAGGCAGAGGUGCUCCGUGUCCUGGGGAAGCCAAAACAGGAAGAGCUCAAUUCCAAGAUGAUGGAUUUUGAGACGUUCCUGCCUAUGCUCCAGCACAUCUCCAAGAACAAGGACACUGGCACGUACGAGGACUUCGUGGAGGGGCUGCGGGUCUUCGACAAGGAGGGCAACGGCACGGUCAUGGGUGCAGAGCUCCGACACGUGCUGGCCACGCUGGGUGAGAGACUGACAGAAGAUGAGGUAGAGAAACUGAUGGCUGGUCAAGAGGACUCCAACGGCUGCAUCAACUAUGAAGCGUUUGUGAAGCAUAUCAUGGCGAGCUGAGCCUCUCAGGAAGCCCAGGGCAGGCCAAGCAUCUCCCAACCAUGAUGCUGACACCAUGUCUGGAGCUUCGGGAAGGAGUGGUUCGGACUCCUGCAGGUUGUCCUGGAUCACUCUGUGUGUGGUAGUCUUUCCUGGCCCCUGCUGGGAUGGGCUUACCUACCUGUGCUUGCCUUUCUGUAUCCACCCUGUGGCCUUAUGAAUAAAUGGUUUCCUUCCUUCCUUCCUUC